AUGAUUAUAGGCACCAUCUCGGUUGGCACCCCGGCUGUGACCUACACCGUCGAUUUUGAUACCGGCAGCAGUGAUCUUUUCCUCCCGGCUUCCUCGUGCGGCUCUACCUGCAGCGGCCACACCAAAUACAACCCCUCCUCCUCUUCCACAUCUAAGGCACUGAGCAAGUCCUUCUCCCUCUCCUAUGGUGACGGAUCCACUGUCUCAGGCAAACAAUACACCGACACGGUCAAGAUUGCUGGGCUCACGGCGACCAAGCAAACCCUCGGUGCUGCCACGCAAUACAGCUCGGGCUUUGAGAGCACCAACUUCCCGGCUGAUGGCCUUAUGGGUAUGGGCUUCCAGAGCAUCAGCGACUACAAUGCCCCUCCCGUCUUCCAGUCUCUUGUCAGCCAGGGCCAGACCUCUAGCAAGGUCUUUGCCUUCAAGCUCGCCGCAUCUGGGAGUGAGUUGACUCUCGGAGGCUUGAACUCUGCUCUGUACUCGGGCACCCCUGUCUAUACUCCAGUCACUCAGGAAGGCUAUUGGCAAAUCAACUUUGACUCUCUCAAAGUCGGAGGUACCUCUGUCUUGGGAUCCACGUCGGCCAUUGUUGACUCUGGAACAACUCUGAUCAUUGGUGACACCGCCGGUGUUAAGGCGUUCUACAAGAAGAUCCCUGGAUCCAAAGAUGCCUCCUCCACCUUGGGCGACGGCAUCUACACCUUCCCUUGCAGCACCACUAUUCCUAGUGUCAGCUUUACCAUUAAUGGCAAGGCCCUCUCUGUUGCUUCGUCUGCUCUCAACUUUGGUCCCGUGUCAGAAGGCUCGACCACUUGCGUUGGGGGUAUCGCUGCCUCUGAUAGCAUCGGAAGCCAGUUCUGGAUCCUUGGAGACGUGUUUAUGAGGAACUACUAUACCAUUUUCGACCUUGGAAACAGCCAACUCAAGAAGCUCUCAUUUUUCGUCGAUUCUUAUAAUGAUGACAGGUAUUCCGCAUACGGAAAGGAGACUAGCUAG